UACAUGCCAGGAGCUGGGGCAUCCACACUAGAGGACACGGCUGUGAUAGCCACCGGGCUUGUUGUGGUCAGUGACGUCGUCCAUGGGGCUGUCCAUGGGCUCCAGCACACUGCCCAAGUCCCCCAAGGCUGCUGGGUGACAGUGGGCACCUUUCUGGCCCCUUGGGGGCUGGCUAUGAAUGCCCUUGGCCGCCUCCUGGUGACAGACUAUGUGGCUGGGGUUGUACACGGCUUUACCCUGGGCCCUGCCUUAGAGCCCCUGGCCCCGACGUCCAUGCUGGGUCUGGAGGGCCCCUGCUGGUUUGGCCUGGGACCUGAUCGGGGCCUUGCUGUGAGUGAGGAGUUUGGGGCUGUGCAGCUGUGUAGUGCCCACCAGUCCCUGGGCUCCCUGGGAGGCCUGAUGGGGCAUGCCUUUGGCAGCCCCGCAGGCGUGUGCACGGACACUAAGGGCAGUGUACUGACUGAUGAGCAGCAGCGCCAGGUGACUCUGCUUCCCCAGGCUGGGGUGGCUGUCUGCCUGGCGUCCGAGGGGCUGGGGCAGCCAGCUUGUGAUGGCAGAUGCAGGGGAUGGCUUCAAGGAGUACCAGGACCUCUCAGAGCUGGCCUGAGCCAGGGGGCUUGGAUAGGAGGAGCCCCUUCACUGUGA